AUGGCCGCCAACUACUGGACUUCGACGCAGCGUAAAUACUGGACCUUCACGCCAGAGAAGCUGACUGAGGUCCGCGAUGAGCUGGAAGGACAGAAUGCCAAAGUCAUCGAACAGCAUCCCUAUCCUGAUCCGAGACUCAUGUUUAUUUUCCUGAGAGACCGGCUCCUGCAGCUGGCUAAGCGCCUCCAGUUUCGCCAGCAAUGUGUGGCUACCGCGCUGGUCUACCUGCACCGGUACUUCCUGUCGACCCCGAUGCAGAACGUGAACCUGUAUCUGCUCACCGCGACGGCCUUUUAUCUCGCAUCCAAAACAGAGGAGUCUCCUCAUCACAUCCGCCUUGUGGCCGCUGAAGCGCGGCAGGCCUGGCCCGAAUUCGUCCCGGGGGAUGUGUCCAGAUUAGGCGAGAUGGAAUUUUGCCUCAUUUCCGAGAUGCGCUCGCAGUUGAUCGUCUGGCAUCCCUAUCGCUCUUUGAUCGCACUCAAGGAGAAUCAGGAGCUCAAACUCUCUAAUGACGAGCUCGGUUUGGCUUGGUCUAUCAUCAACGACAGCUACAUGACUGAUUUACCGCUAACCUCGCCCCCGCAUCUCAUUGCCAUCAUUGCAAUGUUCCUCGCCGUGGUCUUCCUACCCACUGCCAAAGCAGCCGGCACUCUGCGACCUAUAUCCCAUGACACUCUUGCCAAUCCCGACUCAGGUCCUUUCUCUUCCUUGGUGGGCCGCCAGGCCCUCUUAGGAUCUUUCAGCACGGUGAUGGGAAAUCUGCAAAUGCCCAACCAUCCAGCCUCUCAGAUCAAUCAAGCCACCAACGGCAAAACCCGAGCCCCAAUCGACGAACCGAAUUCGCAGCCAGUCGAUAAGGAGAAGACAGUUGCCGCGAUUAAGGAAUCCGAGAAGCUGCAGAACAUCAUCAAGUUUCUCGUCGAAUCGGGCAUCGAGCUGGAACAGAUGAUCGAGGGCACUCAAGAAAUGAUCAGUCUGUAUGACAUUUGGGAACAGUACAGUGAGAAGAGUGUUAAAGACGCCAUUUCUCGGUGUCUCAAAUCGCGUGGCCUGGAUAGCUGA